AUGAAGAAUCGCUUCACUUUGGUGGAUGUGAUUGCGGCGACGACCGAGUUGAAGAAGCUUCAAGGAAUGCGUGUCAACAAUGUGUACGAUAUUGAUAACAAAACGUACCUUAUCAAACUGACCCGUCCCGAUGAGAAGGCUGUGAUUCUGUUCGAAUCGGGUGUUCGACUACAUCAGACAUUCCAUGAUUGGCCCAAAUCACAGACACCCUCUUCGUUUUCAAUGAAACUGAGGAAGCAUAUCAAUCAGAAAAGAUUGACAUCAAUUCGAGUCGUCGGAUUCGAUCGAAUCGUCGAGUUGAUCUUCGGAACCGAGGAUCGUGAGAAUCGUCUCUACGUGGAACUGUAUGAUAGGGGAAAUGUGAUUCUGACGGAUCACGAAAUGACAAUUUUGAAUAUUCUUCGAGUGAGAACUGAUAAGGACACCUCAGUGAGAUGGGCGGUACGAGAGAAGUACACAUGCUCAGGAGACGCAGAACAACAAGAUCCACGUGGAUUCAAGUCUGACGACGUCAUCCGAAGAAUUCAAUCGAUUCCCGACGGGAAGGAUGAGCAAUUGGGACGAAUUCUGUCGGGAUUCACGAAAUGUGGAAAUCCGAUCACCAAGGAGAUUCUGUCGAAAAUCGGACUGAAAUGGGAACAAAAAUUGAACGCCAAAUCGGAUGUGGCUGAAAUUUCAGCCAAAUUUGAAGAGAUAAAAAAAGCGACUGAGGAGAUUUGGGACACUGUUGAGCAUGAUCCCAAAGGAUUCAUUAGUUAUUUGGAGAUUCCUUCGGCCACCUCGUCGACGCCGAUUGAGAUCUAUUCGGAAUUCAAUCCGAUUUCAAUGCCUCUGACAUUGAAACUACAGAAAGAGCUACGGUCGUUUUGUGAAUCAGUUGACGAGUUCUAUUCUCGAAUUGAGACCCAGAAACAAGAACAAAAGGCAGUGAAUAUGGAGAAACAGGCGCUCAAAAAGUUGGAAAAUGUCGAAAAAGAUCAAAAGGAGCGGAUUGAGGCGUUGCAGGUGGGUUGGCUAACCCAAGAACAACGCGAACACAUGGCCAACCGAAUCAUCCUGAAUCAAGAGCUCGUCGAGAAGGCUCUAUUGCUCAUCCGCAGUGCUCUAGCCAAUCAAUUCUCAUGGCAAACGAUCGAGGAAAUGCGGAAAUCAGCCGCAGCGAACGGAGAUCCAGUUGCCAAAUCGAUUGAUUCAUUCAAAUUUGAAAACAACGAGUUUUUCAUGAAACUCGGCGACCCUUAUGAUGAGGAGGCGGAGCUUCUGAAAGUGCCAAUCGAUAUUUCGAUGAACGCGUCGAAAAACGCUCAGAGACACUUUGUGGAUAAGAAAUCGGCAGCCGAAAAGGUCAAGAAAACGGUGGCAUCGUCGGAAAAGGCGAUCAAAAAUGCGCAGGAGAAGGCGAAAUGCACUCUGGAACAAGUGAAAAUCGUAACGGAAGUCAAGAAAUCAAGGAAGACGAUGUGGUUCGAGAAGUUUCGAUGGUUCAUCUCAUCGGAGGGAUAUAUUGUGGUCGCUGGUAGAGAUGCACAGCAGAAUGAGCUGUUGGUUAAGAAAUACCUCCGCCCGAAUGACAUCUACAUGCAUGCGGAUGUCCGUGGUGCCUCAUCAGUGAUCAUUCGGAAUAAAUCAUUUGAGGAAUCGAUGGAAAUCCCACCGAAAACCCUCACAGAAGCCGCCCAGAUGGCUGUUUGCUACUCGAAUGCAUGGGAGGCUACUGUAACUGCAUCCGCGUGGUGGGUGCACCCAUCCCAGGUGACACGUACGGCACCAACCGGCGAGUAUCUACCAUCGGGAAGUUUCAUGAUUCGUGGAAAGAAGAAUUUCAUGCCUCCAAGUCAGCUGGUGAUGGGAUUGGGUAUACUGUUUCGUAUGGAUGAGGAAUCCAUCGAAAGACACGUGGCACUGGAAAAGGAGAAGCGAAAAGAGGAGGAGCCAGCAGCUGAAAAUGCUGAAAAUGAGCCAAAAUUGCCCGAAAAGGAGCCAGAAAUUGCUCCAGAAGACGUGGAAUUCCCGGAUGUUCAAAUUCAGAUUGGAAAAGAGGUCGAAGAGGUGUUCCUAAUCGAUAUUGGACCAAAAAACGCCUCGAAAACCCUGAAAAAUGUCCCGAAAACGGCUGAAAAAUCGACAAAAACGUAUCUGGAGGAGAAGUGUCAAAAAGAGCAAGUGCUCGCGGGUCCAAGCGCGAAAACUCAGAAGCGAAAGCAGCGGAAGGAGAAGAUGGUGAAACAAAAAUAUAAGGAUCAGACGGACGAUGAUUUGGAGCUCCAUAAAGAGCUUCUGAAGCCACAGGGGAAAUUGGGAAAAUUGGAAGAGGAAAACGUGGAAAAACAGGAGAAAAUCCAGGAAAAACCACCGAAAAUUGAGCAUUCCGUGCCGAAAACGGCCCAAAAAGAGGCUGCUCCAAAAGCUGAAAAUCCGGACGAAGAAGAGCCAGAAGAAGAAGAUGAUAAGGAGGCCAACGCCGAGGAGCAGAGCAUUUUGAGCAGUUUGACAGCUCAACCACUCGAUGAGGAUACUCUAUUGUUUGCGGUUCCAGUGGUGGCACCGUAUUCGGCUCUCUCAACAUACAAAUACCGUGUCAAAGUGACACCCGGAAUCGGGAAACGCGGAAAAGCGACGAAGCAGGCGAUCGAGCUGUUUACGCGCCAAAAAACGGACCGACAAGCGGCACUGAUCAAAUCACUACUGUCUGACGACUCUGCGUCUCGCAAUCUUCCAACGAAAAUUCGCAUCUCUGCACCACAACUACAUGCUAAAUAG